AGAAUCACCAUGUGGCCCCUACUGUUACUACUUUCUCUGUCGAGUGAGCUCACUAACGGAUUAGUCGAAAAUACUCCGAGGUCAAUUUUGUGCAGAGCAUGCAAUCAGGAUGAAGUAAUCAGUGAAGUAGUGCCCUGCUGCGAACCUACAUGCGAAAACGACUGCUCUUUGGCAAACUGUCCCAAACAAGUGAUACACAUGCAGACAUGCAUCUGUCGGCCGGACUAUGUGCGGCAUCUAGGUAGCUGUAUUCCCAGAUCCGCUUGCCCGCCGAUCGAGCAACACAUAUCAUCUUGCUCGAUCCACGAAGAACUGUUACCCACACCACCAUGCUGCGAAGCAACGUGUUCAAACAAUUGUACCGAUAUCAUCUGCCGUACCACAUUGAUUCACAGACCAACGUGCGUUUGUGAGCGAGGUUACGUACGGAACGAAGGACGCUGUAUUACACCGGAUCAUUGUCCAACUUGUGGUCCAUACGCCCGGUACAGCCACUGCACCCCAUGUUGUGAGUCAACAUGCACCAUGGACUGCUCACAAAUACUCUGCCUGACGCCGUGUUCCGGUAAGCCUAGAUGCCUCUGUCAACCCGGUUACGUGAAACAUAACGGGGCUUGCAUCAGGAAAGAAAUGUGUCCUCGUGAUAGUAACAGUAUUGAAUCACGAGAACACUUGACCGAAAAGAUCGUGGAAAGUCCCUAUCAUCCUGGUGAAGACAUACCGUAUUACUAUUUUUCGAACCCAAACCAAGAAUUCUAACAACUUAGUAUGUGACAGUGAAUGUAAUCUUACCACUUUGCCCAUCGGCUUCGUAACCGGUGUUGAUGUUGGAGCACCAAAUUGCUGAGGCGGUUGAAUGUAUUGUGACUGUUGCUGCUGUUGUUGUUGUUGAAGUUGCGAAUGUCUAAUAUUGUUUUGCUGCUGCUGCUGUUGUUGUUGUUGUUGCUGUUGGUACAACUGCUGCUGUUGCUGCUGGUGAUGCUGAUGAGCUGCUUGCUGGUGAUAAAUGGCAUUUUGCUGUUGUUGCUGUUGUGUUUCCGUCGUGACCGAGCCAUAAUAGCCAUUUACCGGGUCGAUAUCGUUAACGGAUCCGAUUCGUCGAUUGUUGUUUGCGUU